CCCCGCCCCUUAACCUCUGAACCUACACACGCGGUCUGUAAGACACAGAAAUGGCGCCCGCUAAUUUGUGUUUACUUAGAAUAAGGGUCAUGUUUUAAAGCUUGACGUUCCAUUAAUUGAGAAAAAAAAUACCAGUGUGGAAUACGAAUUAAAAACACUGCUGCAACUGUAAAAAAAUAAGCAAAAAUGUAAUAAAUCGGGCCAUUUAAAUAAAAGUAUACUCUUACUUCCGACAGCCUUGAGCGAAGGCGAAAACUUGACAGUUUUGGAUUCUCCACAAUCGCAGCUCUCUGUUUUUGUUUUCUUUGAAAAUUGAGGACGAGCAGGAAAGGAGCUUAUUCUGACUAAUAACAGGUUUUUAUUUUCUGGAGUUUUAAAGCACAAUGAUUUCCCUCGAUAUGAGCGCUGCACACGCCUCGUAAAAAUGCUGUUUUGAUUGAACUCCGCAUUGCCUCUAUUUGUUGUGGUUGCUCAUGGAGUUCUUCUAAGUGGCUUGACGCUGUUCUUGUUUCGCAUGCCCACCUGCUGAAGAACAUUUGCGCAACGCACCGGACGCCUAGCAAGCGGGGCUCAUUUUCUGUGCUUAGCAAUGACUGUUCGAAAGUUUGUCGCCUGCCUCCGUACUUGCGUCCUCCUAGGGCAGUGUGGCGGCCUACACAUCUCGGCUACCCGCCCACUCGUCACCCAAUCGGCCAGCGCCGGCUUCAAGCCGUCCAAAGUGGCAGUUGUGGCCAAAACCACCCGCUACGAGUUUGAACAGCAGAGGUACCAGCUGGCGGGGCUCACCGAAGACGAUUUGAAGCAACUGCUUGCAAUGAAAGGAUCAAGUUACAGUGGGUUGCUGGAGCGACACAAUAUCCACACAAAGAAUGUUGAGCACAUUGUUGAGAGUUUACGAGAUAAAGGGAUUGAAGUUCGACUUCUCAAGAGGCGAGACUAUAAUGAAGAAACUGUUCGAUGGGCCGAUGCGAUUGUAUCAGCUGGUGGGGAUGGCACAAUGUUACUUGUUGCCAGUAAAGUUCUUGACCGGCUAAAACCAGUUGUUGGAGUCAAUACUGAUCCUGAAAGGUCAGAGGGACACUUGUGUUUGCCAAUGCAUUACACAAACUCUUUCCCUGAAGCUCUACAGAAACUUGAACAAGGAAGGUUCAGGUGGCAGUGGCGGCACAGAAUCCGAAUAUACUUGGAAGGAACCGGAAUCAAUCUCACUCCUGUAGACUUGCACGAACAACAGCUGAGUCUGGACCAGCAUAUCAGGGCUCACAGAACUGACACUGAAACUGGAAGUGUAUCUGGACCAUAUCUUUUGCCAGUAAGAGCAUUAAAUGAGGUCUUCAUUGGAGAGUCGCUGUCUUCAAGGAUGAACUAUAAAACCUACAAACCACGUUUCACCUUCUCGCUUCAUAGGGCCUCAUAUUAUGAAAUCUCUGUGGAUGAUGGACCCUGGGAGAAGCAAAAGAGCUCCGGGCUUAAUGUGUGCACUGGAACUGGAUCCAAAGCCUGGUCCUAUAACAUUAAUAAAAUGGUAUUCCAGGCAGUAGAAGAUAUUCUUGACAUGGGUAAAAGGCAUGCAGGAUUAAAUUUUGAUCUGGAAAGGGAGUUAAUUGAAAAAGUUACAGAGGAGUACAAUAACUCUCUGGUAUUUAAUCCAGAAGAACCAAAGAUGUUUUUUAGUGUUCGGGAACCAAUUGUUAACAGAGUCUUCUCAAGCAGUCGACAGCGUGGCUUCACAAAGAAGAUCUGCGUCCGUUCUCGUUGUUGGGAUGCUUGUAUGGUACUGGAUGGUGGAACAUCAUUUGAGUUCAAUGAUGGAGCUAUAGCUACGAUUAACAUGGAUGAGGAAGAUGCAAUUUGUACAGUCACACUACAAGAGUGAAAUGGUCUUGAUGUCCAGGAAGAACGGCAGUAUUGCAUAUUUCAGGAUCUUGUGAAGAGUGCUUUCUUUUCAGUCAGAUGAAUGUGAGAAAGGCCAGCAAAAUGGACUUCACAUAUAACUAAGUACAUAGGUAAAAAGGACUAGAGUUUGCUCUUCCUCUUAUCUAAAGCACUGCAUUAUAUUUGAUUGAGUACACUGAGCACAACUUUGAUGGGUUUUUGGUGGUGUAUUUACUGUCUCUGCUAAGAUUCAAAUCUGAAGCAUCUUUUGAGCUACCCCACUAUCUAUGCAGGUUUUUAUUAUUACUGAUUCUCUGGAAAUGAGAUUAAAGAGAACUAAACAGAAAAAAUGUUUUUUUAAAGUUGCAAAUUAAUGUAUCUUAAAACAGCUUUUAUGAGGCCUGGUUGCCAAUCAGAAUUCGGUUUUACUAUUUUGUAGUACUAUAUGGCUCUUAAUCACUGGUAAAACUACAACUUCUUUUCUCAUCAAAGUUCUGUUUGUGUUUAGCUGCUUUAACGUGUUAUUUGCAUUAUGAUGUAAAACAUUUUUAUAUGUGAAAAACAUUCUGUAGAAUGAAUCUGUAGAAUUUUUGGAACAACCUUGUUAUAUCAGUGUGUGAAAGAAGAGACCAUUUCAGUGCUUUGUUUUGGUCGUCCUUUUUUUAUGGCUCCCAUUUCUGUCAGACUGCAUUAAUCUUUGCUUUCUAUCCUUAUUCCUUUCAUUUUAUUGAGCAUGAUGCUUACCAAUGCUCACAUUUUAUAUCUGCACUAAGAAAAUUUUUUUGUUUUUUGUUUUUUUUUUUAGUUGGCCUUUUUAUGUUCAGUAUUUUUUCCACCUGCUUGGAUGAUUUUGGGAGGCAUGCAGCACUUUAAAAAGUAUUUGGUAUGCCAGGUUCUUCUUCUAUGUAAUGGUGGUUGAAAUUCUAAAACCUACACUUGUCUGUUAUUCCCAUUUUACAUUGUCAUCUGUCUUCUAAUGCAAGUUUCUAGAUAGAGAGCAUUGUUAAAGUGAGUCCAUGUUUGCUACUUUUAAUUAUUGAUUUCUAAUCUUUCUGGUUUAUUCUUCUACAGUUCUGUUUAUGACCUGAAGAAGAAGAAGGGAGUUAAAUAACAAUAGGGUGGUGGAGCACUGGAAUUAACAGUGUACACUAUUUGGCCACCAAAAAAAACUUUUUUUUAAAUUGGGGAAGGCCUGAAUGACUUAAUUUAUGUCCACAAAGAGCCAGCAUGGUGUCUUUUAACCUUUUCUGUGUAGUUUUAUUAUUCAUCGAUCAAAACCUAAUUCUUCUGAACUGUUUUAUUUACAGUCAAUUGAUAAAAGGAUACAUUUGGUACUUUAGAAGUUAUUUUUCUAUAGUGGUAUGCAUUUAUUUUUCAUGAAAAUUUGCACUGUUAACUGGAGCUAUAUUUAAAAAUAAAAAUGAACAAUGGGGUACCAUAUGAAAAGUUUUCAACAAAAGACUUAAUAAAACUUACUGAAUAGCACACUUCAAAAAAGAGGCUAUAUCUACAUAUUGAUUUACAUCUGGAGAUUGUAGACAUAUUUGAAUGGUACAUUUGCACAUAGGUUUUGCAAAAAUAUAAUUUAUUUUUGUGACAUCUGCAAUUUAACAAGAGGUCCAGCUGUCAUUCCCACUCACUAUAUGUGACAACUUUUCACCCCCAGGGUUAUGGUUAAUGGCAGCUAGCUUCAGAUGUGCUACAGUUGCUGUUGUGCCGUGUGAUAUGAAAGUGUAAGAAAUAUAUGUUUUUGAAGGUAA